AUGUCCCGGUUCUUUGACGGGACUCUUCCCCGUAGAAUCAGAUUGCACAGGACCUUCCCAGUCCUCGUAGCUGCUUUUGUUCUCCCAUCGGAUCGUCGGCGAGAACUUUCGCCAGUCUUCUUCUCCUCCCUGAAAUCACUCGCCGGUUUCUCUUCUCUUUUCCUGCCUCAGGUUCCUAUACCAGAUACUUCAAAAUUAAAGGACAGACUUCUAGGUACUCUACCAUCAUGGACUGUCGAAUCAGCUGUCUCCAAGUUUGUGAGGAGACCAGAGGCGGAUAUUGUCGUCGGGAUUUCAAUGCAAAUGGCAUCCCUAUCGGCAUUUGUUAUGUACUAUCCUAAAGGGGUGGAGAUUUUAGCAGACACCAAGAUGGACUCUAGGGGUGAUGUAGGGGAAUACACAGUCCUGAUGCCCUCUCUGAAAAUGGUUGACGACUGGGAUCUGGCACAAGAUGGACAAAUUCGCAAUGGUACUUUUCCAAUCAUGAAAUACUCAUCAAAAUCCCCCCAUCUUCCAAUAGGGCCUGGUUUGCACGUACGUGGUGCCUAUACGUUAUGGGACCCUACACGACCUGAUUUCCGCACCCAUUUCACCGACUUCUUUGCCACGCAGGAUUCCCCCUUGCUAAGACCAAAACCUCCUGCUUUCAACCUCACGGAAAGGCAAAUCAUGACAGAUUAUGCCCGUGCCAUUCGUCAACAUAUCGAAGCUUUCGUCAGCCGCGAGGUUGUUGAUAGAGCAAUGAUUGUCAACGACGAACCUGUUAUCAAGUGGAUGAUUAUGUACCCAGACUCUAUGGAUUCGAUCGAGACUGCCCCCGGUGUAACCAUCAAACGUAACUUUGUGUCCGCAUUGAAGGAUGCCGGGUUUCCUAUUGAUGACUCAGAUAUUCCACCAGUGCGCCCGGAAACCCUCCAUGCGGGUCGAGAGGAGAGGUUUGAAGAAUCUUUCCUCGAAGAUCUGCCCCCCAGCUCUGGUAUGGUGGAGUUUUUGAGCGCUGGAUUUGCUAGUUUCGUCCACCUUUCCACACAUCUGGGUCGAAAACCUAAAGUCUUAGGGUUACCGAAAGAAAGACCGUUCAUCGCACUUAUCGACGAUGAAGAAUAUCUCACAGCUCGUCGAUGCGUCUUGACCUCGAGAUCCCGAUUCGGCGUCAUGCAGCAGCAAGUCUGUUCCGUAUCACGCUCACCGAUGUUCAAAAAAUUCCCGGAGACCAUGUUCGAUGUUGUAGCCAAUAUCUUGCACGAUAUGGAUUUAUUGAAAAACGUGGACGAUGAAGGUGUCCAGCUGGUAUCCAAUUUCAGCAUUAAGAGCUGGCCCGAGAGCGAAAACUGGGACGAUGUUUUGGAUAUCUUGAAUAGAAAAACGGAUAAAACGUCAAUCCUUCUGAAAGCGCAUGGUGCCAUUUCUUGGGGGUACGAGGAAGGUCUCGACAUUCGCCGACUAACUCCUAUUUCUGCUUUUGAAUUCGCAUCAGCCGUGCGGAAUGAGAUUUUUGCACCGACUAUUAGCACUUUUGGCGACAUUCACGGUGCAUCACUUGAGAUAAAGGAUGCCGUUUUAAUCGAUACAGGCCGUGGUGAGACUGAAGCAUACUCCGCCAUUCUUCGUGGGAUAUACACUCUCAAAGACAAGUUUAGAGAUUUCGACGAUCCGUCGCCCGAUGACAUUUUUAUAUUAGGACCAAACCUAGAAAAAAUACUCGAAAUAGGGCUUAAAGAGGGAACGGUUGCAGAAGGGGAGGUCGGCGAGGAGGAGGAGGAUUUCCUGAGAGAAAUUUCGAAAACAUAUAGCCACCUUGAUCAUUCUAAGUAUGAUAAUAUGAGGAUCACUAUUGCUCGGGCGGAAAGUUCCCAGCCAUAUAAUAUCUAUGGAUUGGCUGAUGCCGCUGGGAUAGAACUUUCGAGGAUGUUUUUGAGUGCUCAUAGGAAGUAG